AUGAAUAAAUAUACAUUAAAUUUCAAAGAUAAAGAAAUUGAAUCUAAAUAUCAAAACAUAACUUAACAAAAUUUUAGAAUGUUUACUCUUAAUAUUAUAACAUUAGGACUUCUUGCUGUAGCAUUAACAAAAAUUUUAGAAAAUAUUUUAGUCCAGGAACUUCAAAAUAUAUACAAAUAUUGUUUAUUCAUUACCUACUUGUUAAUUCAAUAUGGAAUUGUGAAAAAACAUACCAAAUUUAUUAGAGUUGCUUUAAUCAUACUUAACCACUUUAUAUCAUUAUUUUUUAGUCUCUAGUUAUCAAAAUAAGAUGAUUCUUACAAUAAUUUCCUUAUAGGAGCUAAUGUAAUGGGUGCAAACUUUUUAAUGUUUAUUUCAGGAGAGUUUUUGGAUGCAGCUAUCUCUGUAAUUACAAUCAGUAUUGUAAGAAUCAUCCUAAUUUAAAUUCAAACCAAUUAAAUACUUUUCUCUACAAUCGUGAGUUCUGUACUUAUUGUGAUCUAUACAAUUCGUUAUAUGUACCAUUAUCAUAAAGCUAUUCGUAAUCAAUAUUUAUUAGCAUUAAAUGAUUCUCAUUGGGAAAAAAUUUUAAACUCCAUUGCCUUCAAACAACCUUAUGUAAUUUUGUCUUUUAUAGACGAUACAAUCUAAUUUAAUCUUAAAUCAGAAGCACAAUGUCAUAAAUUUUUUAAUAGAUAAUUUAAUGGAUCAACUUUUAUUAGAGAUUCUGUAUAUAAAGGAAUCAAAUUGGAAAAUUUCUUGUUUAUGUAAAUAAAGAAGUAUAGAGUGGAUAGAGCAUCUGUUUUUAAUAAGACUUUAGUUGUGGAAUACUUCAAAAAAUUAAUUAGAAUAGAAUGUUCAAUUUAUUAUGGAAACAAACCAACGAUAUUGCUACUAAUGAGAGAUUUUUUAAAUGAAAAAAAACCAAAUACAUAAAUUUAUGAAUAAAGACAUAAGAAUUUUAUAAAGCUUUUGCUUAAAAUUUUAAGUCAUAUAGAUAGGUUAUCAUCUUUUAAAUGUAGGGUUAUUGAAAGAAAACUUUUAAUGUUGCAAUUGUAUGAAGAUCUUAGACUCUAAAAGUUAAGGGAAAGCGAAAUCAAUUUUUAUAAUAUAACAUAAAUUUUGCACAAUUUAUAUUCUCAUAUGUCAAUUAAAGCUUUUGUUUAUGGAAAUAGUAAUUUGAAUACUAUUUCAAAUAUUUUCUUGCUCAUAAUGUUAAUAGUUGCUGAGAAUUCAAAGGGGUCAUUUCUUUCUAUAAAUUUAAGAAAUGAGGUAGAAAGUUAGAAAUGGCUUCAAUUUUCAGGUAAUUUCGAAAUAUUAAAAGUAAAGAAAACAUUAAAAUAAAUAUCAGAUUAUAUAAAAUUGAUUAUUUCAAAUGAGAAGAUAGAAUAAUAGAGUAUAUAAUUCAAUUUGAAUGAAUAAAUAUUAAUACCAUUUCAAUUAAAUGAAAUAAAUGCAAGUAGUUGA